AUGCAGGCCCGGCCAAAAGACAGACCGAGGCUAUAUAAACGACGCUACGCCGGCUUGGCGGCUCUCGUCGUCCUCAACGCCGUGUCUGCGCUCAAUUGGCUUCUUUUUGCGCCUAUCGCUCUCGACAGUGCUGCUCGGUUCGGCAUUACACUCGAUCAAGUCAAUUGGCUCGGCAAUGUGGUGUGUGCGCUGUACCUGCUCGUAUCGCCUGCCGUCCCUUUAGCACUGGAGCGAUUUGGCCUAUCGCGGACGUGCUGGUUUGCUGCUUCGGUCCUUGUCCUCGGCGGCUGGCUGCGCUACUCAUCCAUCGGAGCCUCUGCCUCCGGAGCACAGUAUGCUAUGCUUUUCCUCAGUCAAUGCUGCGUCGGUGUUGCUCAACCGAUCCUACAAAUCGUUGCGCCUACCUUCAGCGAAGCAUGGAUGUCUGCCGAAUCUCGUACGACCUCCACCAUGUUAAUCGCAGUCGCCAAUCCGCUGGGCGCAGCCAUAGGUCAAUUUCUCGCACCUGCGUUGGUUACGCGCCCAGGAGAUCUGUCUAAGCUCUUGCUCGUCACCGCUCUCAUCACGAACAUCAGUGCCCUGUCUGCGGCAGUCAUAAGAUCUCAGCCGCCGACUGCGCCGACUUUGGCGGCUGGGCUGACUCCAGCCAGGGAUAGCUUCAUUCCCUCGGUCAAAAUCUUGCUCGGACUCUCUCGUGACGAGCGAGAGCAGUACAACAGACCUCCUCAAGAAGAUUCGCCUCUUCAGCAUGCACUGGUCAAGAUUACGUCCGGUUCGAGUGAAGACGUGGAAGAGCAAGCCGACGGCAUCGUUAUGCCCGUACAGCAAUCGUAUGCGCCACCGGUCAAAAUGACGAAACGACAACGAAUAGACUUCUACAUCAUUCUUGCCGUCUUCUCCGUGCUCGUCGCGGCUUUCGAUGCCUAUUCGACUCUGAUCAACCAGAUCUAUGAGCCCUUUGGUUACACCCCAGAUACAAGUGGCUUCUUUGGCGCUGCCAUGAUUCUGGCAGGCCUCGCAGCUGCCUUUGUCUCUGCGCCGCUGCUCGACCGAGUUUUUCAGCUUCAUCUUGGCCUGGCCGCUCGCGUUCUGACACCCAUCCUCGGAGUCGGCUUCCUAUCCUUCAUCUUUGUCGUCAAACGAGACAACCAAGCUGGCAUCUACUUCGUCAGCGUUGUGGUCGGAGUAGCUGCCUUUGUCUUGCUGCCUACUGCGCUUGAGCUCUCUGCAGAGGUCACCUCUGCGGCUAUGCGGCCAGAGACGGGGUCUUCGUUUCUCUAUCUGGGUGCCAAUGGCCUUUCUGUGGUCUUCAUACUGAUCAUGAAUGCUAUGCGUGCAUCGCCUGACGACACCCCGCCCAACAAUAUGAGACAGGCUCUCAUCUUUCUAGGCGUCAUCUGCUGUACCGUCGCCGUGGCGAGCCUUGGCAUCGAAGGCAAGCAAGUCCGGCGGUUGCUAAGCUGA